GGGAGACUAAACGAUCUGCAUUUUAAAGAAUGAUGUCACAAAACGCGUUAUGUUUUGUGGCUUGUAACAAAAUGAAAGCCAAUAAGGAGAGGGAGAUUGAGCACUGCCCAAUCAGAGAAGAGAAGAGCUCAACGAGCUCAGUGCAGGGAUCCAGUGGAGAGAGAGAGUGCCAGAAAUCUGCCAAGCCCUCGUGCCAAAAACUUUUUACCCACAGACGAAUGCGUCCAAGCCAUCCUAAGUCAAGACCUGAAUCUCGAGGAGUAAUACAUCAUAAAGUAGAUAUUACUAGGGAUUCCCUUACUCGUAGAGAUAGACUUUUUCAUUGUACAAUUCCAGGGCAGUCCGAAAUUGUCUGUGGAAUAAACUCACUGGAAAGGUUCGGGUGGUGAGGAUGGACCGAGCCCCAAGCUCCAGCCCAAGUGGCACCAGUCAAACAUCACAACAUACCCAACAUGAACCCAUCAGCUUCGGCAUUGACCAGAUUCUCAGCGGCACCGAUCAAGAAUCACAGCAGAACUCGACCAGGAAUAAUUCCGAGAGCAACAGCAGCAGCGCGAGCGGAGGCUGUUACCAUCUCGGCAGCCCAACGGGAGCGAGCGCAACGCCGUACACGACACUAACCGGCACUUUUCAUGGUAUCGCGGCUCCAUAUGAGGAGUCCAGUCCAUACGGAGUGAACUUGACCCUUGCACCCGGAGGAGUGAUUAGGGUCCCGGCUCACAGGCCCCUGGCCGCGGCCGUGCCUCCACCCAUGGCCAGCGCGGUACCCGGAUUUGGGAGCCUCAGUUUUCCCUGGAUGGAGAACAGCCAGCGCUUCGCAAAAGACAGGUUUGCAGCAGCCCUGACGCCUUUCACUGUGGCUCGGCGUAUUGGUCACCCGUACCAGAACCGCACACCACCUAAGAGAAAGAAGCCUCGUACGUCUUUCUCCCGAGUGCAGAUCUGUGAGCUGGAGAAGCGCUUCCACAGACAAAAAUACCUGGCCAGUGCUGAACGAGCAGCUUUGGCCAAAACUCUGAAGAUGACAGACGCUCAGGUCAAAACCUGGUUUCAAAACCGCAGGACCAAGUGGAGGCGGCAGACGGCAGAGGAGAGGGAGGCAGAGCGUCAGCAGGCCAACCGGCUGAUGAUUCAACUCCAGCACGAUGCCUUUCAGAAAUCUUUGACUGAUUCAGUUCCAACAGACCCACUCUGCAUCCACAACUCAUCACUGUUCGCCCUGCAGAACCUACAGCCUUGGGCGAGCGAGGAGAGCGGCAAGCUCGGGGGAGUGACUGCGCUCGUAUGAGUACCAGAACUCAAGAAGCAAAUGACAUUCUCGUUCUUUUUUGAUGAACUGGGAUGUUGGUUGACCUUAUUUCCAUCCUAAAAGACUAUUUCAUUCCACAAAAAAGUGAGGAACUAAUAUUGGCCAUCCAACAAUGAGCAAACCCAUAUAAAUAAAACAGUUCUGCGUCGUAUGAGCCUCUGCAGAAUAAACAAAGUCCGUUUUUUUGUGGUGUGUCUGUGAGUACAGAGAUUUUUUUUUAUCCCCAUCAGGGUCAGUUUCAUUGACAAAGUCAC